CGUCAGCUCAUUUGAACCUCCUACCAAGGUCGACCAGCGGCGGCUACUUGACAUAUGGUUGGGUAAUGUACCUUUCAGUCGUAUUUGACGCCACAUGUCAAAAACGUGGGUCACGACUUAGCGUGGAUUCACAAUGAGACAUUCAAAGAAGUUACAUCGCAGCAACACCGUGACGACAAUAGAGUUAAGACUAUGAUUUACCUCAUAGACUCAUUGGAGACUUGUGAUCACGUGCUGUAAACGCAGUUAGCUUUUGCGAGCUACGACAAAAAUAGGUAAACAUGAGCGCUGGCCCAGAUCACGGCACCGUCGGCGUUAGUGAUGGCAAACCGGGCCCUGCUGUGUCAUUCGCCGGACAUGUCCUGCAGGUUUUCAAACGUGUGAAGGUAGAAAACUUGGUGGCAGGACUAAGCGGAGGAGUUGUGUCAACGCUGGUGCUUCAUCCUCUCGACCUGGUCAAAAUCAGGUUUGCAGUGAGUGAUGGUUUGGAAUUGAGACCCAAGUAUAAUGGUAUACUGCAUUGCAUGAAGAGUGUGUGGCACCAGGAAGGACUGAGAGGACUCUAUCAAGGAGUAACACCCAAUGUGUGGGGUGCUGGUGCCUCUUGGGGUCUCUACUUUUUCUUCUACAAUGCAAUCAAAGCUUACGUAAAGGAAGGCCGCCAUACGGAACUGAGUGCUACCGAACAUUUGGUGUCUGCAGCCGAAGCAGGCGUUCUAACGCUCACCAUAACAAACCCCAUUUGGGUGACCAAGACCAGGCUUGUAUUGCAGUACAGUUCUGACUCAACCAGUAAACAAUACAAGGGGAUGCUGGAUGCCUUGUUCAAGAUCUACCGCACUGAAGGGGUGUCUGGUCUCUACAAGGGUUACGUUCCCGGUCUCUUUGGAACAUCCCAUGGUGCGCUGCAGUUCAUGGCCUACGAGCAGCUCAAGAGAGACUACAGUAAAUACAAGAAAAUUCCUUCAGACACAAAGCUGAAUGCAUUGGAAUACAUCACGAUGGCGGCACUGUCCAAAUUAUUUGCUGUGGCUACGACGUACCCAUAUCAAGUGGUGCGAGCUCGACUGCAAGACCAGCACAACAGAUAUGACGGUGUUGUGGAUGUCAUCAGACGGACCUGGAGGAAUGAAGGCGCCCCUGGGUUCUACAAAGGCAUCAUCCCGAACCUGAUUCGUGUCACUCCAGCCUGCUGCAUUACAUUUGUAGUUUAUGAGAAUGUCUCCCGCUUCCUCCUUGGCCCAAGUUAGCGAGGUCCAACAGUAAACAGGAUACACAAUUGCGUAGGUGCCAAACACAGCAAGAGUGACUGAAUGGCCAGUCAGAAUAUCAGUACCCGGAAAAUGAACCUCAGUGCAUAUUGCACUGAAAAGGAGGGCUUCAAGUGUCCUUGCUGAACCUCUCAGUGCGGUUGAUUGAUUUCUGACCAGUGCUGCACAUUUGUGCUGCACUCUUAAGGAUGUAAUGUUUUUGGGUUUCUUUUCUUUUUUGUCUUUACACAGAUGUGAAAAUGUCUGCAAAGGACUUCACAAAAUUAGAAAUGUCAAAGUUAGAUUUUUGUAGGAUUUUGUCUGAAGAAUGAGAUGCGCUGUGGAUAAUCAAUACAACUUUAAGUUAUCCAUUUUUAAGAAUUCACUUCAUGUUAAAAUAAAAUAAAAAAAGG